AUGGACUACAAGGUGUUGACAAGGCGGUGCAAAGGUCCGGCCUUUCCAGCGAGAGAAUGUUGCGCAGCUUUUAAAGAAUUUGCAUGUCCUUACGUGAAUCAUAUCAACAACUUGAACAAUGACUGUGCAAAGAUAAUGUUCAGCUACAUGAACAUUUACGGAAACUAUCCUCUUGGUCUUUUUGCCAACGAGUGCAAAGAAACAAAAGAUGGACUUGUUUGCCCUCUUCCACCUCUUAGUUCACCAAACCUAACCGCUGAUUCGACCUCACAUUGUCUCAUCUCGCUGUUGGUCUCUACUGUUCUGGUUUUUCUAAUGUUGGCUUGA